AUGGAAGCUCCUCCCACUCUAAACGAUCAAGUAGUGCAACUCGUCUUUGGUUUGGCCAACCUCAAAGUGGACAUUCCCAUUGUCAAUUUCUCAUUGCCCGUGCUGGAUGUCUUGUUUGCCAUCCUCAUCAAUUACUCUUAUCGAUCAGCAUUAGGCGUCUCACAUAAUCAGGUAGGCUGGUAUCAAGGUUUGUUGGCUACACUCGUCAUGGCCACUGGUGGUGGAUGUACUGUGGCCGUGUUGAGAGGCGAGCCUAUUGGUAUCUUGAAGAGCAAUGAGUUCUGGGGCAUCCACUGUACUACCUAUCUUGCCAUGUUCUCAAACCCUUACGUCUAUCAGGUGGUCGAUUUCCUCUUUUCCAUCCCAGUGGUCGAGCAUGUGUUUACAUUGUCCGAUAGUAUCUUGCGUGCUUUGGCCAUGAUCCAAGUCGGUGUCGAAGGAGUGAGUGCCAAUCCAGCUUUAGGUGCUGAUAAAUUUGUAGCAAAGGUAUUGUGUGGUACGCUGGCUGGCUGCGGUGGUGGUCUCUGGAUAGAUGCUUUCCGCUUGAAUCAGCCCAAUUGGUCAUUCUCUACACCUCGCCUUUUGCACGUUGCCUCUGUGGACAUGAAGGUCUCUUUCCUCACCUCUCUCUUCUACGUAUUUGCCACUACACCCGCCUUCUGUGAAUACUUGAGUCUUCCCAUCAUCAAGCCCAUGGAAGCCCAAGCAUGGAGCGCUGUGUUUUUAACAGCUGGAUUAGUGUAUGGUUCGUAUUCCAACAAAUGGGCUAAGCAGAGCAAGGCAAUUGAGGAGAUCAACGAUAAGAUGGCAGAGGACAAGAAAUCAGAGUAG